GUUUCGUUUUGAAUUUGACGUGUGUUGAAUGCAUUUUAUGUGGAAUUGUCAACUGUUUUCAAGGACGAUCACUCGAUAUUCUACAUCUUUCACAAGCACACGAUCCGCUUUUAAGCUUGUUUAUCGCCUUGUCAAGCAGGAAAAGAUGGCAGCAGUGAAGCCACAGCCAUUUGAUUACUUUCUUGUUUUGGAUUUUGAGGCAACAUGUCAAAAGAAUGAAAGGCUUAUACCUCAAGAAAUAAUCGAGUUCCCAGUCCUCAAAGUAAAUGCUCAAACAUUUGAAGUGGAAGACCAGUUCCACCAGUAUGUACAACCACGAGUCAACAAAAUGCUUACUCCAUUUUGUACUGAGCUGACUGGUAUUGUUCAAGACAUGGUGGAUGGCCAGCAGCAUGUAGAGGAUGUACUCAAGGACUUUGAUGCAUGGAUGGUGGCACAUUCCUUUGGCGAUGGUGGCCAGAAGACAUCAGCCUUUGUCACCUGUGGUGACUGGGAUUUGAAAACUAUGUUACCAAGCCAAGAACAGUAUUUCAACCUCAACGUCGCCAAAUAUUUUCGCCGGUGGGUGAAUAUAAAGAGGGUAUUUGCCGAUACCAUGAAGCAUUACCCGAAGAGGGAUAUGAUGGGCAUGCUCAAGGAUCUUAAGCUUGAACACCAGGGCAGGCAUCAUAGUGGAAUAGAUGACUGUAAAAACAUUGCAAGAAUCUUGAAAGCUUUGGCAGAAAAAGGUGCUGUUAUCAAUAUUACUGGACGGAGAUAAAAUUGGGAUGCCGAGAAAAAAUUUCUUGAACUUUGAUAGAAAAGGGUGUUCAUUUCCCGGUGAAACAGACUUUGAGAUUGGACUUUUUAUGCAAAUUGCAAGGAAAAGGGACUGGAUAAGCACCGUUGAAAUGCAGGAGCUGGACUGUCAGAUGAGGCAUAUGCCUGUGGACUUUUUUGUCACAAAGAUGAGUAGUAGGAUUGUAAAUAGGCGCACUUUCUGAUGAUAAGUUCAGUUGCAUAAAGUGGGAUUUUAUCCAAAAUGUAUGUAUUGCUAACUUAUGCAAUGAGCUGUAAUGGAUGACAUCACUCCAAAAUGAGGUAAAAAACCUUUUUUUUUUAGUACAAGUCACAGAUCUGUUAAAAUGUGAAAAUAUCAGCCGAGUGAGCAGCCUGGAGAAUCAAUUCCCCAGAUUGCCGAGAAUCGGGCAGGCCUUCCAACUUGCCGAGCUAACAUGUGCUGGGAACAGAAAACAUCUGCCAUUGGUGUCCAAAAGAAAUGUGUUGUUGGAGCCCUCCAACUAAAUAAUAUUGUGUUCAUCUGUUAGUUCAACACCCAAAUCGAAAUACUUUUGCUGAAAUGUUCCUUUUGUGCUUGUUGCGAGAAAAUGUACAGCCUCUGAGGCAGCUAAUUGCGACCGAAGACGCUGAUUGUGACCGAAGACGCUGAUUGUGACCAAGUCUCAUAUUCGCCUUGACAGUGCUGAUGUUAUUCCCGACACCUCUCUCCAACCAUGUGAUGCAAAGUCAUGUUCCAAUGUGAUAGUACAUGUAUUACUUGUAUA